AUGGAGAGUGACAGCUGCCUUUUCCUGUCAGAGUGGGAGGCGGCGCGUUGCAGGGCCCAUGCGGUGCGUCGCAAGUGGGCUGAAGACGAGUUGUGCCGACAGCAGCUGCAGAUUCAAAGCGGCAGCACUUCCUUGCAGGCCUGGCUGGGUGUCAUGGAGACGCAGAAGAAGGUGUUUGAGGUCGCCGCAACUACCACAGCUCAGGCUCUGAAUGACAUGGAGAGUCGAUGGAGGCCUGUGCGGUUGGAAGCCAUCGAUGGUCGAGCUGCUGCCUGGCUCCUGAGUGCAGAGCGCACGAAUGUGGCCAGCCUCAAAGCUCGAGCAGCACAGUGGGCGGCAAUUCCCUCGGGAGGUGCUGAGCUCAAGCAACGCCAGGAGGCGCUGGCGGACCAUUUGCAAAGCCAAGUGGUAAAUGCUGUGCGAGUAUGGGAUCAGGCGCAUGCUGCGGCGGAAGCUGCAUGGAAUAGUCACCAUCAGCGUGUGGAAGAGACGACUCGAGCCAUCUCUCAGGAAAAGGCACCGCCGGAUUCCUGGUUGAGCGAGGUGCGCUACCGCGAACAGGCCCUCAAACAUCUUUCUGACCAAGCGGCUGCAGAAGACUUACUUGUACGUUCGGCUUCGACUUUGCAUGACCUGGAAGCAGAGCGCGCCGCUUACUGGAAAGCCUUCGCGGAGGCAUACCGGGCGUGUGCUGCGAACGCCGGUGUGGCGCUGCCUGGGGAGGAUUGCCUCAUCCUGCUGGCAGAGGUGCCCCAGGCAAGCCUGCCCGAGGUGCCCGGAAUUCCGAGCGCUGGAGGGGCUGUGUUGCAGCGGGUUCCAGCUGCCAUGGUGGCUCCUGGUGGAAUCUUCGGCCUGGGGGGUGGGGGAUGGAGGGAAGGAGCGACGCUUGUGCUGACCAUCCAUGGCUACUUGCACCUCUUCUACACGGAGGCCAAGGUUCCUACCCCGACUUGCAAGGAUGGGCCAGAAUUGGUGGAAUCAGACAUUCAGGCGUCGGUGUACGCGCCCAUGGCAACAAAGUGUGUCUUUCAGCGGCGUGGGAAGGAGCUGAUCUUGGAGUUGGCUGAGCCAGAGGCGACGCCGCCGGAAGGGUCGCCGGCGAAUGAGAAGCCUUCAGCGGCUGCGAGCUUGAGGAAAUGGUGGAGUGGCAAAGCGGCGGAGCCGGUUCCACGGCGCAUUGUGGCGCGCCUCUCUGAUGCGGACCAGUUCAAAGAGCUCGAGGGGCGGUGCCACGAGUUCGUCCGCAAAGGCCACGCCCUGCGUGCGGCGACGCCACCCCGAGCGGGUGCCUCGCCCACAGGGCCCAUGGUGGCGUUGCUGCGGGACAUCUCCAUGAGCAUGGCUGGGGUAAAUGCCACUUGGAGCUCUCGUGUUGCUUUGGGCUUGAUGGAGGCGUGCAAGCAGAGGGAGAUGUCAUUCGGAUACAUCGAGUUUAACCACUGCUCCAGCAAGUUCCGUGGUGUGGAUGGUUCCUUUUUCAGCCAAGAUUACGAGGCGCUCUCGGACUUGGCCAUGCGCCUGCAGUGCAACGGCUGGACUUCUAAGGGCACAAGAAAGCUGGGUUGA